AUGUCUGUGCUCACUGCAGUUCUCAACCUGCUGGUCAUCAUCUCCAUCUCUCACUUCAGGCAGCUCCACACGCCCACCAACCUCCUCCUUCUUUCUCUGGCUGUCUCUGAUUUCCUAGUUGGACUUAUCGUGAUGCCGUUUCAAAUCCUUUUAACAGAACCCUGCUGGUUCCUGGGUUACCUGAUGUGUCCUCUGCUUUAUUUGGUUGCUUGUUUUACUGUCUCUGCCUCAGUGAUUAACAUGGUGCUGAUCUCAGUUGAUCGUUAUGUCGCCAUCUGUCAUCCUCUGAUUUAUCCCAUCAAUGUUACAGAAAGAAGAAUUAGAAUCUCAGUUAUUUUGUCUUGGAUUUACUCUGGUCUCUACAGCCUUCUGAUUCUGACUGAUAAUCUGAAACAACCAGGGAGGUUCAACUCCUGUUAUGGAGAAUGUGUGAUUCGUGUAAAUGGAGCUGUUGAUCUAGUGAUAAGUUUCAUCAUCCCCAUCUCAGCCAUCAUCAUCCUGUAUAUGAGGGUUUUUGUGGUGGCUGUGUCUCAGGCUCGUUCCCUUCACUCCCACACUAAAGCUGUAAAGCUGAGGCGUUCAGGAAAUGCGACUGUUCAGAGGUCAGAGCUGAAAGCAGCCAGGACUCUAGGUGUCAUCGUAGCUGUGUUUCUGAUGUGUUACUGUCCAUAUUAUUGUGUGUCUCUUUCUGGCACUGAUAUAAUGGUCGGUUCACCAUCUCAGGUCCUCUUGAUUUUCUUCAUUUAUAGUAAUUCCUGUCUUAAUCCUGUGAUUUAUGCUUUUUUGUAUCCCUGGUUUAGAAAAUCAGUCAAACUCAUUGUUACUCUUCAGAUUUUAAGGCCUAACUCUUAUGCAGGUAAUGUUAUUUAGUCCAUAGGAGCAGUGAUGUUUUCUUAUUGUUGUUUUCACAUGCCCUAAUUUUUAUGAGCUCCACAGUCACAAAACACUUUCCUUAUUGUGUAUAUUUGUAUUUUUAUACUAAUAAACUACA